GUUAAACAUAAUGACUCUGAAAGAGUGAAAUUGAUAACACUUUGGAGCACGAGUGAGAGAAAAUGAGUUCCAUUAGACAUUAAACAUUCAUGACCAAAGGCCUCAUAACGAGACAGUGAACAAAGCCGUACGAGACACUAGCCAUCCUAAAGUAGACCAACAAUAAAUAACCUUUAUCAGCAAAGGCUAUUAUUGCACGCAGGUCAAGGUUCAGCAUCUCGUGUGUCAAGUCAACAAACAACACCGUUCACAAGUAACAUCGUCCGUCAACUCUUCACUAUACUGAAGACAGGGCUCUCUUCACCCCCUUUGCUCGGGUCGAGACACGAAAAAAUGAAGUGGUACGUUUUUGUUGUGUUAACUAUUGUUCUUCUCGACGUGUGUGUGGAAAGCCAGAGUCAAAGGAGAAAGAAGAAGAACAGGAAAUACAAUAUAGUAUCUGACAAAAGAAAAUGGACAGUGUUUCAAUCGUAUAACAGAAAUGAUGCCAUUCCUACGAUGCAACCGACUCCUAGCGCGAACACCAGCAUUGGGGGUGGGACCCCCUUCAACGUGGGGGGUAUCUUCCCACAUCUGACCCUAACCGCCGACAGCGAGGGUCCCCGGUCUGAAUGUGGGACCGGAGCGUUGAUGCCGUGGGCGGACAAGCUCUACGUCGUCUCAUAUCUCUCCGUCCCUGACGGCGGCAACGGGACGGGACUCUACUCCAUCGACAGCGACUUUAAGCUAACCAAACUAGCGAACCAUCGCUCGACGUAUGCCAACCGUCUCCUGCACAAAGAAUCCAAUCAGAUUGUCAUCGGAGCCUGGUUGAUAGAUGUCCAUGGCAACGUGUCCACAUUUCAAGACUUGUUGCAUGUCCGAGUUGCAGCCACAGCAGAACACUUAACGGACCCCAAAAAUCUGGUGUACAUGCUGGGCAUGGAUGGUCCGCUGUGGGAGUGUAACGUCUACAACUUGACCUGUGUCCAGCUAUUUGACCUGGUUCAGACACUAGGGAUUCCAGCCAAUGAGGGCGAGCAGCCCCACUUCAAGGCCGCUCACACCAUGAACGACAGACUCGUGGUGACGAGCAACACUUUCGAAGAGGCAGACUUUGAAGGCAUUCAAGAUGGCGGGCGUCUGGCAGAGUGGAAAGGCCCAGGAAGCAACUGGACAAUCCUAGCGAAGACGGCGUUCGUCGAGGUGGCUGGCAGAAGGAACUUCGGGAAGGUCAUCUACGCUCUCGGCUGGGACUACCGUUCCGUCAUCCUCAAGGUCUUUAAUGGCGACGACGUCGCUUACAGAAACUGGCAGACCUAUCGUCUACCAAAGGCUAGCCAUGCAUACGACCAUCUGUGGCAGACGGAAUGGCCCCGCAUCAGAGAGGUCGAGACUGAACGCUACCUAAUGGACAUGCACGGAAUGUUCUAUGAGUUGUCUCCCCUUGGUUGGGCCGGAAGCACGUGGGGUGUCCGACCAGUGUGUCAGCACUUGAGGAUGAUCCCCGACUACACGUCGUUCAGAGGGAUGCUGGUCCUAGGUGGAAACCAGGUAUCCUCCAUCUUCGACAACAACGUGGUGACGGGGCAGGCCCAGUCUGGUCUAUGGUUUGGGAAGACUGACGACCUGUGGGGGUUCGGCAAGCCGCAGGGGUGGGGCGCUGUGUGGAGGAGGGACAGGGUGGAGGCGAACACCGUCUCCGACCCCUACCUUAUGACUGGUUUUGACAAGAAGGUGCUCUUCAUAACGAUCCUCAAUUCUACGUCAUCAAGUGUGACGUUUGACGUUGAGGUCGACAUUACGGGCGCUGCAGCGCACAUGGCGGGAGAAGAGUGGUUCCCCGUGGUGAGUCUGACUGUGACGAAAUCCGAUUUUUUCGUGUUUCCCACUGGCUUCAGUGCCCACUGGGUGAGGCUGGUAGCUCACCAAGAAGCUGUGGUGACUGCCUACUUCCACUACACCUAGACAAAUCUUCUGUAGAUAUUCUUUUCUCUUCUUGUUUAUAAGUUGUACAACCAUGUUAACUUGGUUCGGUUGAAAUAAAUGUUUCAAAAAUGUG